AUGGUCAGCUCAGCAAUCGCGUCCCUGGACAAGAUUUCACUGGACUCCAAGGAGGAACAAGAACACAAAGUGGAUUCCCACUACACAGAUAUCACCAAGGUUUUAUUCACACAGGCUCAAAAACUCAAGACCGGUAGUAUUAUCAAAUCACCACAUUUUUCGUUGUUUGAAGGAACUCAUGCUCUUGAGGUAACAAAUAACAAGUUGGACUCAGGUUUAAUCAAACUGACUGAGGAAGAACUCAAAUUUGAUUACAAAAAAGGGAGAUCUUUGAAUGAAGUAUUACAACAAUCAGAUGCUAUUUUAAGAUCGGUGUUUGUAUGGCUGAACAAUUCAUCAUUACCAGUCACUGUUUUCAGUAAUCGUUAUGUUGAACAAUUAUUGGUGAAUUACACUAAAGAUGUCAGAAAUGGCUUAAACAGCUGUAAAUUUUAUGAUUCAAGAUAUGAGAAAGUGGAUGAAAUGGCCAGUUUAGAAUUACAAUUGGUUCAUAAGGUUCUUAGAUCCGUUGUAUUAGGUGUUUUACAUUUCGUCAGAUUAUGUUUGACAUUAGGUCAAGCAGGUGUUGUUUAUGAAGAGGAAGAUAUCAAUACUCAAAAUAUGAAUUUAGAUGUGUUAUCCCUUAUUGGAUCUGAUCAAGUUCUCAAAGAGAUUAUAAACUCAAUUAAUUUCCUAAGUAAGCAUUUCCCAGAUUCCAAAGAUUCAACGCUUAUUACAAACAUUCUACAAAUAUUAAAAAAAUUAAUUGAUCUACCAUUUUAUUUGAGUAUCAAGAUUCCAAGAAAUUCAUUCGGUAAAAAUGUUAAUACUGAAGUUUUAGAUUCAUUACUUAAAAACUGUCAAAUUAUGCAACAAAACAUAGAUUAUUUGAAUUCAUUACCUGAAUUGCCUGGUGCUUUCAGUGUCAAGAUUCAAAAAACUUUAGACAAUAGAUCUCCAACAAGAGAUUUGGUCCCACCAAAACAAGAAGACUAUAGUUCAUUGAAUUUAUUAUUAACAGAUCUACAACAUAUUUUUUAUAUUAAAGAUAGAACAAGUGUGUUGGAUUUGAAGAACUACACUUUGAAUUUUGCAAAUCAAACUCAUCACACCAUAUCUCGUGCAUUUUUCCCCUUGUUCUUGAUUAGAGAUGAUCGUACUGUGUUAGGUGUUGAACAAUUUUCAAAUUUUCUUUUGGAAGACUUAAUAUCAUUUUCAUGUUGUGAUUCAAAUAUAUUAUCAACUGAUAAUUUAAUUGCUAAAAACAAAGUUAUUGAAUUUAUUGAUCAAGUUACUAUAGUUUAUUUUGAAUGGUUCAAUACAAUGAAUCAAAACCCAUGUCGUCAAAGAACACAUUUAUCAAGAAUGAUUCCAAUGUUGGAUUCUCUUGAAGCAAGCUCGGAAACUUUAGAACUAGAACUAGAAAAUGUUUUCCAAAUUAAAGAUUUAUUGAUUGAUAACACUAAUGAAGCUUCAGCUCUGCCAAUUACUUCGUGGAUUCAUUAUCAAAAAUUAGACGUUAUGUUACAAGUGGUCCUAAGAGGGUUUGAAUUGGAUGUUUAUAAAGUGUGGGAAUAUCAUUCGAUGUAUUGGUAUGCAAAUUAUCUUGUUGAUCACAUUGAAGCUAUCUUAUUAAGAGUUGUUCAAUGUAAUAAUUCCAAGAUUAAUUCGAUAAAAGAUAUGAAUAAGAAAUUGAAAAAGAAAACUGGAGAGCAAAAACAGAAAUUUAAAGAAAAAUUACAAUUGAAACAAGAUUUUAUAUUACCAAAAUUAAUUGAAGCAAAUGAAUCAAUUGAAAAAUUGAUCUUGAAAAAUCAAAUUAUUAGAGAACUUUGUCAUUUACAAAUAUAUAAUUUAAAUGACCUAAUCAAUAGAGGAUUCCUUAAAAUCCCAGACUUCCCAUUCAUUAAAGAUGAUUCUCAAUUAUACAAUUUAAGAAUGAAACCAUUUUCCACUGUUGGGUCACCAAUAACUCCAAAAUAUGAUGAAUACCUUAAUGAAUCAAAACAAAUUAAUAUAUCUAAAGAAAGAUCAAAUGAAUUGAAGAAAUCGGUUAAUGAACAUUUAAAACAAUUCUUAGAAUUAAUUGAACAAAAUGAUAAAUCUGUGGGGAUGCAAUUAAAUCAAAACGAUUGGAUUAAUUGGUUUAAAGAAUUACAAAAAAGUAGUAUUGGUAUUGUAUUAACUUCAUUAACCAAUCAACAAGUAUCAAAUGACUCCAUUAGUGAUUAUAGACCAAUAAUUGUAUCCACAGGAUUUCAUAGAUAUUUCCCUAUAGUUAAGUUAGAAAAGAAAUGA